UGAGCAGAAGCUCCUCGUCCGCCUCAACCCUUCCCUCUCUCUCUCUCUCUCUCUCUCUCUCUCUUCUCUCUCGUUUCCUCUUCCUCCUCUCUGCAACACAAGCCGCACAGAGAGAGAGAGACUCAUCACUUCAUCUUCACGCUAAACCCGCCUCCUUCUCUGCCUCUUUCUCUCUCUCUCUUCGGUCGGUUUCCCGGCGAGCAUCUGGGUAUCGGGUUCUUGGUUCCUUGCGGCGGACGACGGCGGCGACGAUGGUGGCGAAGGACGAGUGGGUGAAGACGGCGAUGGCGGAGGACGGAAUGGUCGCGGAGCUCCUGGUGCGACUCAAGCAGGAACCCAGAUGCGCGCCCGCUCCACCGCACCCGCCCUCGUCCUCGGCGGCGGCGGCGGCGGUGGUGGCCUCGGCCUCGGGCUCGCCCCUGCCGCCGCCGAGGUGGGGGAUCCGGCAGCCCCGGUCGAGGAUUGCCUUCCGAUGCGACGCCGGCUCGCCGGCGAAGAGGUGCGGCGACUCCGCGAGGAACAGCCCGACGACCCCGCUCUCGUGGAGCGCCGCAUCCUCCUCCGGCACCGCCGACGGCGUCUGCGACGACUCCAACUUGCAGUUCUGCGGCUCCUCCUCCACAUCUAAGGUCAUUGCUUCGAGUGAUUCUGGGACGCCGGAUCUUAAGAAGUCAAGGAAAAGGAAGACUUUUGCUGAACUGAAAGAGGAGGAGGGCCUGCUUUUGAAGGAAAGGGUACACUUAAACAAGGAGAUAGCGACCUUGCGUGCAACUUUCAAGGAGCAGAGCACAAGAAACGAGAGCUUGAAGAAAAUGAAGCAUGAUGUGGAUAUGAACACAACAAAGAUCGCCACCAUCAGCGUCACCUGCGAACCAGAAAAAGCGAAUUCCAACGCACCAGAAAAAGCGAAUUCCAACGCGCAUGGCGUUGAAGCUCCCUCCACUGUGGAUCAUGCUGCUUUGACAUUGCCAAUGCAUGUCGCAAGCCCUAGUCGAUCCUCAGAUUCUCAACAAAGGUGCGGAUCUCCCGAGAAGCAAAGCGCCUCUUUCCUCCUGCCGGAUCUCAACAUGAUGCCGUCCGAAGACGAUCCUCUCUCUGAAGCAUUGAAGGGCAUGAGUAGCGGAGAAACACUAGAAACACUCCAGGUGUGUGUCAACUGAAGCGAGCGGUUAAAACCAUGCUCGUUUUAUGUUGCUGUCCGAUUCGUAUAUGCUGUUUUUUGAUGAUGCAUUCUAGUAAGAAGAGGAUCUACUCCAAACUGCCUUGCCUGGAGACGAUCUUGGCAAGAAAAGCAGGGGAUCAUAAGUCAACGUCAGCACGGAAGGAGAUUCCUUGCAGUUGGUAGCAGCAGUUGGCGAAGUAAUGGAGAAGGUUUUUGAGAAUAGCGUAGGGUAUCGUAGCUGUAGCAGCAGCAGCAGCAGGUGGGCGAAAGCUCCUUUGGGAAUUCUUUUUCUAGUAAUUCCUCGUUACUUCCUUAUUUCUUUAUUAUAUGUAGGGGGGGUCAAUGACUCAAUUCUUUCCUUUAUGUAAAGAGCCCGACGGAUUCUGAGAAUUACUUUAAUACUUUCUCUCUUUAUUAGAUUCAAUCUGGUCUUUUCCAUUUC